CACGGGCGCUCUUUUUAAACUCGGCUUUGCGUCUUAGAUCCCCGAUUUUCGCAUCACCGGAGUGACGACGUCAGGAUAGCUUCAUUGUCCUGUGCAGACCCGGGGGAUUAGUAUUUUCCUCUUUCUUUAUAAUUACUUCUUAGAGUGGCCUAGGCUAGUACUUUACGGAAAUGUAUACAGACAUUUGAAUCGCAUCCCUCCAUUCUAUAUUUCAUGGUGCGGUAGCAACUAAAAACAAAAAGCAACCGAGUGGCUUUUAACCAUAGGGCUUUAUCCGUGCUCGUGCAGGUAGUCUUACUUCCGGCCUUCGAUUUGUCAAUUGCGAUUUAAUCUUGUCCCAUAAACACCGGCGUCGUCAACCAGAACGUUCCUAGAGUGUGAGCCUUCGAUCGAGGAGGAUAUACCAUAUUCAAUUGUAGGAGAUAUCGACUAGCUGCUAUGGCUGUGCAGUCAAAACCUGCUCCGCUACCGUCAUGGGGUUUUGCCGUAGCUGGUGCUACGGGCGCCGUUUUAGCUAAUGCCUUAGUAUAUCCGUUGGAUAUAGUAAAGACACGUUUGCAGGUCCAGGUUAAACGAAAGCCUGGCGAUACGAGCGAAUACACCGAUCCUCAUUACACGUCGACGUGGGAUGCUAUCACUAAGAUCACCGCGGAGGAUGGAGUCAAAGGAUUAUAUGCGGGAAUGAAUGGUGCGCUAUUAGGAGUCGCCUCGACUAAUUUCGCCUACUUUUAUUGGUACUCGAUCGUGCGAGAGCUUUACUUCAAAUCGCAGAAGGUUCCGGCGCCGCCGUCCACGGCUGUUGAGUUGGUACUGGGCGCCAUAGCUGGUGCCGUAGCUCAGUUAUUUACGAUUCCGGUGGCCGUGGUCACGACGAGACAGCAAACACAAAGCAAAGCGGAUAGGAAAGGCCUCCUAGAUACGGCUCGCGAGGUUAUUGAAAGCGAGGAUGGCUUCUUCGGUCUUUGGAGGGGACUGAAAGCUAGCUUGGUGCUGGUAGUCAACCCUGCUAUCACAUAUGGCGCGUAUGAGCGAUUAAAGGGCACUUUCUUCCCUGGAAAGGCCCGCUUGACUGCAGGAGAAGCUUUCCUCCUUGGUGCUACGUCGAAAGCCUUAGCUACAAUUGUGACACAACCUCUAAUAGUUGCGAAAGUUGGCUUGCAAUCGAAACCCCCACCGCAACGUGAGGGAAAGCCAUUCAAGGGCUUCAUCGAAGUGAUGCAAUUUAUUAUCAAGCAUGAAGGUCUGCUAAGCCUUUUCAAGGGCAUUGGGCCCCAGAUUAUAAAAGGGUUCCUGGUGCAGGGAAUACUCAUGAUGACUAAAGAGCGGAUGGAAUUUCUAUUUAUCCUCCUAUUCAGAUAUGUUCGUAAGAUUCGGUCAGAACACCUCGCUAAAGCAGCUGAGUUGGCGGCAGCCACUGCUUCCAGAGCGAAGCUCGCCGUUCCCGUUACAAUCAAGUAGCCGAGUCUCUUAGAGAAGCAUUUUAGAGGCGAAAGAAAAUACAUAUACGCAAGUAUAUACUAAACAAGAGACAAUGCAUUUAUAUAAUCGAUUAUGAGUUAGGAGUACAGGCAGGCUAGGCGCAAGUAUAUAAGAAUGUCUUUUAGGGAUGUUUUAGAAUCAUAUUCAUACCGAAGUCAAUAGUUUUAGCGCAAAUUAAUAAUUGGAUGAAACAAAAGCACCUCUGUGUUAUACUUGCCAUGAGAGAUAGAGGUAUCUUGGC